AUGCGCCCUGUGUCAGUGGGAAUCCUCUCCAUUGGGGAAAUGGGGCUUGGUAUUGCGAAACUUUUGAGGGCUCAUGGAUAUCGUGUUCUCACUGUGGGAGAGGGUAGAAGUGAGCAUACUCUGGCCCGGAUCCGGGCAGCGUCGAUCGAAUCUCUACAAUCUGACGAGGAGUUGGUGGUAUCCUCUGACUAUAUCUUAUCUAUCGUACCCCCAAGAGACGCGCUUGCUACGGCUCAUCGAAUUGUAACUGCAUAUCAACUCCCCAGCACGAGUGCAAAGCGACAAAGCAUUGAAGACGUCGAUGGUCUCUCCACAAGACGUCAACCCUACUAUUUCGAUUUGAAUGCCACCUCAGCCCGCCUGUCAACAGAAGUGGGUUCCCUGUUUGCGGGGAAUCAAUCCGCAUUAUGCCACUACCUCGAUGGAGGAAUAAUCGGACCCCCACCAUCCAAUAACUCACCAGAAGGACACUGGAAGAAACCCAGUCUGGUAAUCUCGGGUGACGUGGAACUCCCCACCUCAUUCCCCAGACUGGCAGAGGUGCUGAACAUGAAGCUGGUGUCCGCCAAGAUUGGUGCGGCAUCGACAUUGAAACUCUCGUUUGCUGCCCUGACGAAGGGACUCACCGCACUUUCGAUCUUGUCGUUCUCCACGGCGCAGCAGGAAUCGUUGCUUCCGGAGUUGCUUCAGCAUCUGGAUGAGUAUGCCCCGGCAGUUGGGUCUACGGCUAAGAAGGGGGUCGUUGGGAUGGCUCCGAAGGCGUAUCGGUGGGUUGACGAGAUGCGAGAAAUUGGAGAGGCAUUCGAUACUGAGGGACACUGGGACGGAAUUGGAGCGGGGGUUUAUGAUAGUUUCGCGGAGGUGUAUCGGAACGUUGCGGAGGAUACAGUGUUGGGAGAUGAGAAGACUGGAGAUCGCAGGAGAGGAACAACGGUUGAAGAUGCAGCGGAAAUCAUAGGCAGUGGACGAGAAGAUUCAGUGAAACGAGAGAAUGAGGAGUAA